CGGGAUUUUCAACUAAAUGAGAUUUCGAGAUGAGUUCUUCUAAAAGAUUCUCUCCAAAUGGUUUCCAUGAAGCAAAUGCUGUAGGAUUGAUUGACUUGGAAAAGGAAGACAGAGAAGCAGCGAAUGAAAUUAUUAUGCGUAAGGUUCAACGGAACUGGCAAACUUCACGUAUAACAGCGGAGUUGAAAAAAAACUACUUCCUCAAGACCUUUGGCUACGACAGUGAUGAAGACGAUGAUGACUUUUUCCCGGAGGACGUCAUCAUUCCAAGCCGAUACACGGGGAGUGAAUUCAUCAAUUUUUUCUAUGAAGGCUGUUCCGAAGACGAAGAGAAUAGUUCUGAAGUUGACGAGGAAGUUGGUGGGAAAUGGAUGCUGUUCCUGGACAGAAAGGAAGAAAACGAAAUCACUGGUCUAACAGCUCUUGACGAAGCCUGGCAGAAGAUAAUGCUCUUGGGAAACUUCAAAAAUACUGGCGUAAUUUGGGCAGCUUGCUCGACAGCUUGCGUAGGUCCUCCGAGUAGAGCACCAAACGAGAAUAACGGAGUCAUUUGUUGUUUCACUCCAGAUUAUCGAAAUAAAGCCCAAGUGAAAAACGCUGCAGAGUGCAUCAGACGAGCAGUCGAGUAUCCACAACCGUUGUUUUACAAAACGGACAAAAACACCCAACUUGGGAAAUACAGGCAUUUGGGUCAUAAAUAUCUGUCAGUGUAUAAGCAUACUCCCAGCAAUAUGCUGUAUGAAAGGAAUGAAGUUGAUCAUUUGUGGUAUCCGGUUGCUUUACACCGGCAACAACGAACGAGAAGAUGAAAUGACGAUUUGACAACAAGCUUCACGAAUAAACUUUAUGAGCAGCAAUCCAAAGUGAAGCAUAAUGAUACUCAUAAUGAUGAUAAUGAUCAUAAUUAUUAUUCUGGACUCUACCAUUAAGUGAUCAAGUGAAAAAUACCAUUAUUUUUAGAUCAACCGACGAAGACGUAUGAUGAUGAUGAUGGAAGAUAGGAAAAAGAAGAUGAAAUCACGAACAAGCAUUACAAUUUUUACAAAUUUUAUGAGCAGUAAUCAAAAGUGAGGCGUAAUAAUUAUCGCAACGAUGAUAACGAACAUAGUGGUUAUUAUUCUGGAUUAUACCGAUAAGUAACCAUUUAGAAAAUACCAUCAUUUUAAAAUCGACCGACGAAGACUUAUGAUGAUGAAAGAGAGGAAUGAAGAUGAAAUGACGACUUAACAACAAGCAACACGAAUACUUGCAAUGCUAUAAAACUCGGUAAUCAAAAGUUCAUCAUGAUUAGGCCGUAUUGAUGACUAUUGAUUAUGCAUAUAAUUGACCACUUCAGAAAUGCCAUCAUUUUUUUAAUCAACAGAUAGUUACGUAUCACAGUAAUAAUCUUUCAGACGCACUGACUAUUAUGGAACUCCAAAUUCUGCCGAAUGAUGACAGUUUUGUCGAAUGGAACUCCAAAU